CGCAGGUUGUUGUCUCUGAUUGAUUUGCCUCGACGUUGGACAGAAAGAAAGCGCCGAAAACAUGGGCCUGGGUCUCUUGGACGUGGAUGUAAUCCAAUCAAAGGAGUGUCGCUCCUCCUUCCUCACUACCUCAACGUGCUGUUCGGCCGUGAGCAGCGGCGGCGUGGAAUCGACAAUGCUGGACAAUGAGAUGCUCAGCAACUCGCGCCUCAGCAGCAUCUACGGCGGCGGCACAGCUACAGGCCAACGCCUAACAAUCCUCGAGGAGGACCUCGAGACCGAGGACUCGUCGCUUUCGCAGAAACAGAUCCAGAAAAAGCUUUUUGAACUGCACGAGCUGCGUGUGCUCAAGCAGGUGCCUCUACCCGACUGGAUGAAGAUCUUUGUGCCGCGUAUUGUGCGUUUGCAAACCGGAACAGUACCCUACAUGGAGUAUGCACGAUCGGAGAAGGGCGAAGUGCGCCAGCGUCAGAUGAUCAGCGUAUGGACGCGUGUAAAUCGCCUGCCCAAGAACAAGCUUUCUAUCGACUUUCGCAUUCCCGAGGAAAGCGACCGCUCAACUCACGCACCCAGUUCGAGCACAUCAAAGACCACAGACGACAAAGUGGCGCACGACAAGUGGAUUCUCAAAUUUGAUACAAAGAAUGAACGUGACCUGUGGGCCAAGCUCGUGCAAGAUGCCGUCGAUCUGCUCGGUUGGAUCGCCAAGUUUACACUGGGCAGCGUGAUUAUGGAGACGGAGAACUCGUCAAUUGUCGAGUGCUCCACUUGGAUGGACCGUGGCCGUCCGUCCUACGUGAUGAAGUCAAUAAAAGCCUCAUCCACAAAGCAGAGCCACUCGGCUCGCAACGAAAUUGAGAUUCAGCGCAUGCUGACCAACUACUCGAGUCAUCCGAACAUCGUGGCACUCCACGAUUCCUUCCAUCAGAAGGACAAGACGUACUUAGUUAUGGAGAACUGCAUUGGCGGUGACCUCUUUGACUUUAUCAGCCAGAAUGGCGGUAUGGACGAACAUGAAGCCAAGACGCUGUUCCGCCACAUCACGAGUGCCAUCAGCCACUGCCAUGAGCAUGGCGUUGUGCAUCUAGAUAUCAAGCCUGAGAACAUCUUCUUCAAGGUGUCGUCUAUGCAGCUGGAGACUGUCAAACUGGGCGACUUUGGCUCAGCAAUGCAACUUGAUAAGAGCACCGUUAAGAAGGCUGUUAGCUGUACAGUGGGCUACGCAGCACCAGAGGUGUUACAGAACGGCAAGAUCUCGACUGCUGCUGACGUGUUUAGUGCAGGGGCUGUACUAUACACGAUUCUGUGUGGGUACUCCCCAUUCAGUGCUCCGUCCGAGGACGAAAUGAUGGACCGAACUCUCUCGGGUGAGAUUUUCUUUGACGAGCUCGAGUGGUGGCGGAUCAGUAAGGAGGCCAAGGAACUCGUGAAGCAAAUGUUGCACUCGGACGCGAAGCAGCGCCCAAGCAUGGAAGAGGUGCUGGAGCAUUCCUGGUUCUCUAAGUGGUAG